AACCUGAGAGGGAACUGGGCAAGCGAUGCUCUGAACUUCUGAUUCCUCAAUACACCAAACCUUAACCACCGGGCUCACACUUCCAGCAGACGAGAGCCUCGAACCUUCCAUCGCCAUUCCCGAUACGAUACGAGAGCAAACAUCUGCACGCGACGGCGACGGCGACGGCUUUGUCCUCUCGUACCCUCCCGAUGCGGCUGCCGCGGCGAGGCGCCCGCCCGGGUCUCGCCCUUCUCGCGCUCGCCCUCGCCCUCGCCCUCGCGGCCCGCGGCGCGGACGCGUCCAUCCACGAGUACUCCGGCGGCGGCUUUGCGCCGCGCGCCAACUCAUUCUUCUUCCACGGCGGCAGCGAGGGCCUCUACGCUUCCGAAUCCUCCUCAAACUCCUCCAACUCCUUCAUCAGGUUUGACAUUGUUACAUUUCGACGGUCCCAGGAGUCAGCAGCUAGACAUGAAGAAAUGCAGCAAAAGACAGGAUUAGUAGAGGCUAUUAUUGUUGAGAUCCAGGACAGAGACAAAAUCGGGGGUUCUUACUUGCACUCUGAUGCAAUAUGCUGCACGCCUGAGCUUGACAAGGAGAAGUCCUGUAAAGUAGGUGAAGUUAUUAUACGGCCAAAUCCUGAUAAUCCAGACUGGCCAAAAAGAAUUCAGACAUUCUUUGAUGGUAAAAACGAAGAAACUACCAUGGGAACACAGAGCGUCUCUAUAAACAAAACAGGGAUGUACUAUCUCUACUUUAUGUUCUGUGAUCCUCAACUCCGGGGAUUGAAGAUUACAGGCAGGACAGUUUGGCGGAAUCCUCAUGGUUAUAUCCCUGGAAAAAUGGCCCCGAUGAUGACAUUUUUUGGUUUCAUGUCACUUGCGUAUCUUGCACUUGGGCUUCUAUGGUUUCUUCAGUUUGUGAGAUGUUGGAAGGAUAUUUUGCAGCUGCAUUACCAUAUAACAGCUGUUAUUGCACUUGGUAUGUGCGAAAUGGCUUUCUGGUACUUUGAGUAUGCUAACUUCAAUUCAACUGGGACCAGACCUAUGGGCAUAACCUUGUGGGCGGUUACAUUUACUGCUGUGAAGAAGACCGUGUCUCGCGUUCUUCUUUUAGUAGUUUCAAUGGGCUAUGGUGUUGUUCGACCCACAUUGGGUGGGAUUACAUACAGAGUUGCUGCUCUUGCUAUCAUCUAUUUUACUGCCUCAGAAGCCCUUGAACUUGUUGAAAAUCUGGGAAACAUCAAUGACUUCUCUGGCAAAACGAGAUUAUUUCUAGUGUUACCUGUUGCCAUACUUGAUGCUACCUUCAUCAUCUGGAUAUUUUCAUCCCUCUCUAGAACUCUAGAGAAACUGCAGCUGCGGAGAAGCAUGGCGAAACUUGAAUUGUAUCGGAAGUUUACAAAUUCUCUAGCUAUGUCAGUGGUUAUCUCAAUUGCUUGGAUUGGCUAUGAGCUAUAUUUCAAUGCAACCGAUCCAUUGAGUGAGCUUUGGCGAAGGGCUUGGGUCAUCCCUGCCUUCUGGAAUGUCCUCUCAUAUGUCCUUCUUGCCAUCAUAUGCGCCCUUUGGUCACCAUCUCGUAAUCCAACAGGAUUUGCAUAUUCAGAGGAGACAGGUGAUGAGGCUGACGAGGAAGGACUCUCUCUUGUAGGCAGUGCUGUUAAAGGGACAGGAGAUAUUGUGAACAUGCAUGUGUUUACUGAGGAUAAACGUGCAUGAGAAGUUAUUGACUUAGUGCAGCUGUACUCCUUGUGGAAUACUAUGGAAUGUAAUCUUGUGUUAUCCAAGCAUGCAGAUAGCACUUUUGACUUUGAGCGCCGGAGGCAACUGCCUCGCAAAUAUGGUUGGAUAACAAGUUAGUACAUAGCAUAGUGAAUUUGGAUUAGUUGACUCUAGGUCAGGAUUAGGGCUCAUAAUAUUCAUGGUCCUAAGCUGUAGCUUUUGACUUGAAACUUUCUGCUACGUUUCCCUUCCACUCUAAGCGAGCUCACACCCAUCUUCACUUCUUUUUUUGUUUUUGUCUUUUUGCGAAUCAUCUUCACAUGCUUUAUCUACAUUCUUCUUCUACCCUCCCUCUAUCUGUUUGUUUAUACUUAAGAGAAUAUGCUAUUCCGUAGCGAGCUAGCAUUUGCUUGUCAUUUUUCUCAGAUCCACAUUAUAUGCAUAGUGGGAGGCAUUCCUCUUUGACAUGCUUCAGUCAGCUUAGCCCUGGGUUGCUAUAGAGCAGCUAUAGAAUGGAACUUCAUGUUUAUUUACUCCAGCAAAGAGCUACAGACCUGUUUCACAAUUGUCUGCUCCCCCUUCUGCGAGAAAAGUUUUCUGUGUUUU